AUGUUCAAGUUUAUCAUUCUUUCGUGUCUCGUUGCAACAAUUUUUGCUGAUGGUUGGCAUCAACCUUUGGUCAUCAAGACCAUUCAAGCUGAAGCACCAGCCAACUAUGACUUCAAUUACGCAGUUAGCGAUUCAUUUACUGGAGAUUGGAAAUCUCAAAGGGAAUCAGCAAAGAACGGAGCCAUCUCGGGACAAUACCAACUUAACGAUGCUGAUGGUUUCAGAAGAAUUGUUGACUACACUGCUGACGAUCACCAUGGAUUCCGAGCUAAUGUUCGUCGUGAACCACUCGCACAUCAACCCAUAAUUGUCAAGAAAAUUAUUGCUGCACCAGUUCACGCUCCAUGGUAUCAGCCAGUUCGUAGAUGGUAA